UACAAAGUUUUACUUGCCCUGAAGUUCUUUUUUUUUUUUUUUUUUUUUUUUUUCUGGUAGCAUGGGAAUUGUUUUAUACGUUGCAGAAAUAAUCUUCUCCUUUCAGCCGUGCAGUAAGUAAAAGCUUUGAAGUGCACUUUGAAGUGAAGCGGAGUCGAAUGUCGAUCGUUCACUGUGUAACUGCUGUUGACUGUAGUUACAGUUCCAUGUGCCGCUUGUCAUUUCCUAUUCACCAGCGCGCGCGCUUCAUUAUGUUCGCGCGACUCAUGGUUGUCAAGGCGACGCAAAGCAUUCCAUUUAACAAAAGCCAACGUUACAAAGUUCUCCAAUGCACAUGCGAUCAAUUAAAACACAAAAGUAGCGCUGAGGAGAAAGGCUGGAAAUCUGCUUUCAGUUUUGCAUUUCUAGCUGACAAUGGAACGCACUGAAUUAACAUCACCUGAAAUAGAGAGAAUUGAUGAAGACGAGAAGGUUCUAAAAGAAUUGUCUUCAAACUCCACACAACUCACAGACCGUGAAUCUGAUGCUGACAAAAGUAAAGAUCCUUAUAUGGAGAUGCCAGAAUCCAGCCCUGAGGAUGAACAAACCAUAACAACAUUUUCAGCAGACUCCAGCUACAUUGUGACCUGUAGAGUCAGCAUCGCAUUAGCUUUCUUGAAAACAGAGCAUGAGGGGCAUCUCACCAAUUCUGAGAAAAGAAAAAAGGAGACAAAGAAAGACGCAUCGAGUGAGGUAGUGGAGGCCCCCAGAGCCGAGGGCUAUUAUUGCAUUGAGUACAACAUGCUGCCUGAUGACCCUGAACCAACCAGAGUGGAUCUAGUGAUGUUCGGCUUGGCUGCUAAACUCUACAUGGCGAAUGAGACUAAGGUGCUAAAGCCUUGGCGAGAAGGAAACAAGGUGUGGGUGAGUUGGUCCCAUACUUUAGAACUCAAUGUCACCAAAGAGCUCCUGAUUAAACUGGCCUCUCAUAAGAUCACUGGGAGAGUAUGGGACAGCAAAGACAAGGUGUCUUUCAAAGCCAGGAAUGACAGACCCAAAGCCUUCAAACUGCCACAGGAGAGGACUGGAGAUGAUCCAGAACAAAUGGCUCCUAGUAAGAGUGGUUUAACGAUAGAAAAGAGCCAAACGUCACCCACUAAGAAGACACUGUUGCAGAAACCCACCCAGGAUUCUGCAGAACUCACCGAGGUCAAACAGGAAAAGGAGGCUGCCUCACUGGAACUCAGUUUCGCUCCUCUCCUUGCAGGGAGUACGAUGCUCUCUGACUGUCUGGGAUUCUGUUCCGGAGAAGUACAAGAGGGAUUCUGGAAUAUCACUCUUGAUCAGCCACUUUUAUCUGAGCAGCUAAAAGCUGAACUCAAUCCACUAGUCAUCACAGUUUUAUCAGCUUCUUCUCUGCCAUCAUCCCCAGUUCCGUUCCAUGUACUCAAGGCAAAAUGUCAUCCUGUCUACUGUCAGUACAAGUUUUGCAACAUGCCUGUUUACAGAACCAAAGGCCAUGAUCACAACGCUAAUAUCUUCUUCAAGGAUGUGAAUGUGAUUUUUACUGGUCUGCUGAGCCCUGGAAAGCUGCGUGAGUUUCUUAAUGGUCCACCCAUGAAGAUCGAAGUCCAUGAUCGGGAUAGAAAAAAGGAAAAACCCUGCAGUACACCAGCUAUAUUUGGGACUGACCCCAAAGAUGCCAAAGAUGAUUUAUGGGUCACGCGUAAUGCAUCAAAAGCAGAUACUGAACUUCAUGAUCCAUACGGCACCGCAAAACUGGAUCUCUCAGAACUUCUUCGAGGAUGCAAAUAUUUAAAGCUUAAAUUGCCCAUAAGGAAUUCUUCUGAGGUUCCCUCAGAUAUUGCAACACCAGUUGGUCAUUAUCUUGAAGCUGACACCCACCUGAAAGUCCAGGUGGAGAUAGCACAUACUCUUCAUCAUGAAGAUGGCAACAGUGAUAGAGAUUGCCCUUUUGGUCGUGUCAUUUAUGUCUUCAAGUAUAACAAUGCACCUGUCUUAGCUAAACUGACAUCAGAAAUUCUGCAGAUCAAUGCAGACGCCUUCCAACUGAAGCAUUAUCCAGAGGAAACAAUUCAAAGGCUCCUGUCUGGUCAUAAAAUAAGAGCCAAAGACAGCGAGAACAAAAGGCUGAAUGUUCUCACUGGAUUUCAUGUGAUGGAUAAGGCUCUACACCUUUUUGUUCUGGAAGGAUUCAAGGAUCAAGCGGUCAAAAGACUGUGGACUACAGUGCCUAUAAAGUUGGAUGGUGAUGAGGAGGAACAGGUGUCUGCGCUGUAUAACUCAGACUUGAGUUUCUCAGAGCGCCUGUAUGACAUGCUUGACGUGGGUCUGAGUCCCAUUUGCCUUGUAAAGCCAAUUGAGACCAUUUUGAUGGAGCCACUGGUGUUUAUCAGAAAUACAGUUCCUCAUGCCUGUCUUGAAGCCUUGAAAUGUAUAAGCCACAUCUGCAAAGCCAAGAAGCUUCAAGAAGUAGUGCACCACGACCUGUUCCCAUCAGCCGACAUGAUGCUAAGCUUAAGCAAGGAGUUUGGAUCAGAUCUUGGGAGAGGAGAGCUAUGGUUGGUAACAGAGACCCAGCUAUCUCAGGAUAUACCUGAUUGUCAUAACAUCAGAAAGAGAACUCGGACACCUCUUGACAACUUCAACAGAGAAUACUUCCAAAGGAAAUGGAAUGAGGGUAAUAACGUGAAGGACUUUAUCCAGGUAAUUAAUGACUCAUAUGGGAAACAAAGUGGGGAAAUUGAGUGAACUACUAAAUGAAUGCAUUUUUUUUUUUUUUGGCAAAUAUCGAAGACAUCCACAGGGCAAGUAACGCUUUACAAAAAUCAAAGCCUAAUGUGUUUUUGGAUAAUAUUAUUGAAGGUCAGACCAUCAAUUACCACAAUGUUCAAACAACGAAUUCCCCUGCUCUACUCUACAGAGAAUUUCUUAAGGACUCCACUUGCAUUCGCUUCUCUUACCCAGGUUUUAAGAGCAGUAUUGAAUCUAACCAGCACCUGAAUCAGCCAGACGAUGCUCGGAUAGAGGAGCUGAGAAAGCCUUGGAGAGAAAACAUUGUACAUGGAAACAAAUUGAAGCCAACGCUUUCCAGAUUCAGGCUGCCGUGGAUCCACAGACAUCAGGAUUUUGAACUUUACUCCAAGCCCCCAUUAGAUUUUGGAGCAGAACUCCCCCUGAGCAUUCUUUUACCUGGAGAGGCUCUACAUGAGGUACAUGCUCAGUACAACAGGUGGCAGAGGACGAUGUCGCCUGAUGAGACCUCUACAGGAAGUGGAAGAAUUCCUGAAUUCCGAUGUCACAUGAGGAGAGCUGGUCUGGAUAAACUACAAGACAUACUGAAGGACAAGCCCAUGAAAUAUUCUCUGAAGAGACCAGGAAUGGCUUUAAAAGUAAUAAAAAGCGAAGCUAUUUCCUAAAACGAUAUUAUUGCAGAAUAUAAAAAUAUGCAGGAA